AUGGAGAUCUACCCCGGUAAAAACAGAACCAGCGCCGUAGGAUCCUCCCUCCCAGGUGAGGGAGGAUCUAAUCUAACUGGUUUCUUCCUGCAGGUGAGGGAGCACAGCUACAGGACUCAGCAGGAGCUUCAGCUGCACCUGGAGUUCAGUCUGAAGCCGAGCAGAAGCGUUGAGCCGCUGCACCGCCAGCUGCUCCACCAGCAGCAGCUUCUCUCACAGCUCAGCAGGUCUGAGAGCGUCCUGCAGAGGCUGGGCAGCUUCUCUGCUCUCAUCAACACCAUCACCGUGCAGAGCAUCGUCUCUCUCAUCACUCAGGACCUCACUCAGUUCACCAGCCGGGUCCUGAAGAGAGGUGGACGUGAGGGCUGUUUGUUCCACACUGAGCUGAGUCUCAGGGAUGAUCAGCUGACGGUGGACCCCCCCACACAUCUGCUGCAGGAAGCUGUGAGCGGAGCCAUACUGACUGUACAAGACUCUGUAAUACAGAUGUGUGAUUCUUGUGGACUCUUCCUGGAGAUCAGCAACACUUCUGAUGUCUCUCAGGAUUCACCCUCUGACCUCACAUGUAUUGAGCAUCUUAUCACAGGGGAGGAUACCAGCGGUGAAGAGUGCUGCUCCUGGAGGUUGCACAGAGAAGCGUCCUCUCGCUGGCUGCAGCUGCAGAAGCGAACCUCUCUGCUGCUGCAGGGCCGCCGGCUGCACGGCUGCUUCCCCCCCCUCACCCAGAGCCAGCUGCAGCAGCAGAUCCACAUCCACAUCCUCACAACACAAGCUGAGGAGGAGCAGGCCGGCGUCAUGCAGGCAAGACAUUCUACUUUAAUACUGACAAAAUGUCUUUCAUGUCAGAAAUGUCAGAAGAGGUGGUGUCCAGCCUCUUGA